AUGGCGUCCUUGUGGUACUGCUGCGGCUGCAACUUCGGCCCUCACAACUCGUCUCUCUACGACGCCUGCAUUCAGUGCGGACAACUCCGUUGCGCUCGCUGCGUCGACGAGAAGAUCUCCGACAGCAUGAGCGUUCACUCGCACUCCCACAACAGCAACCCAGUCUCCGCAUACCCAACUGCCGUCCACAUGCACUCACCUCGCACACCAACCUUGAAGACCACAGCCAUGCCAAUAAUCGUACCAGAGCUCCCCGGUCUAGGGCCUCUACGACGGGCCGACUGCACAGGCAUCUCGCCGGCAUCACUACCUGGAACAAGGCACAACAGUGAGACUUACAUGUACAUCUGUUGCGCAUGCGGAGAUGGGCCUAAGAUCUACAACCAUCAGCCCCAGUGCGUGGCCUGCAACCACAUGGCCUGCAGCAAUUGCGAUUAUGUGAAGUGA